UCAACAAAAACAAGGCGUAGUCAGUUCUAAGCUUGGUGUUCUGUGGCAAGUGGAGUUGUUUAUGUUUACGUUUAUUAAAAACUGAGAUUUUGUUCGAUCAUGAACAAAUUUACGGAGAACAAACAAAAAAAACGAUCUUUGGCCGGAAAUGUGGGUAUAUUCUUUGUUCUGGCUGCCUUUAUUUUAGUCGCAGUGUCUUUUGCUACCCCUAGUUGGUUAGUAUCAGACUACAGGAUAACUGGAGCUAAGUUGAACCGGCUAGGAUUAUGGACACAUUGUUUCCGGUCCUUGCCCGAUCCGAAUGACCUGCAUCAUCGAAGAUUCUUCGUCGGUUGUAGGUGGAUAUAUGACCCUUUCACCACUGGAUAUGAUGAAAUCAGAGGUUUUUUGGUACCGAGCUUCAUGGUGGCCACUCAGUUCUUCUUCACCAUUUGCUUUAUAACUACUUUAAUCGGAGCCAUUAUCACUUUGGUGUAUUUUUUGUGUUGCGGUCCAGACAUGAAGCAGUACCUUAUGCUAAUACGGAUCAAUUCCUGGCUAUUACUUGCGGGAGGUAUUUGUGGUGCAAUAGCAGUGAUUGUAUUUGCUUCGUGUGCAAAUAGGAAACGGUGGAUGCCUGGCCAUGAUAACAAUUUCUUUGGUUGGUCAUUUGCUCUGGCCUGCAUAGGAGUUGCUAUCACUUUAGUAGCUUCAACAUUGUUCUUUGUGGAUGGACACAUUCAGAAGAAAAAAAAACAAAGAUUUAAAGAAUCCCAAAUGCAGUUUGAAUUGGAACGCUAGAAGAAACCACCACAACUUAAUCAUUCCAUUCAGUGGAAUAACUGUGUGUUCAUAAUCAUCUGCCUUUAAGCCGUCCAGAAUAGUUUUAUUAUAGGUUACACACUUAAGAGUAGUUUGAUAGUGUUAAGGCAAAUAGUAACAAAUUUUUCUUUUUCCGAGAUCUGAAUGCACAAUGUUGAUAUUUUAUUAAUCACUUAGAAAAUAUUUUUAUUUUCUUUUAACAUGACUUGAUCCUUUGACAUUUUUUAUAUAUUUUUUUGGUAAAAACAAAAUAAAUGUGGGUAGUAA